UGACCUCCUGUGUGUGUGUGACCUCCUGUGUGUGUGUGACCUCCUGUGUGUGUGUGACCUCUUGUGUGUGUGUUUGUGUGUGUGACCUCCUGUGUGUGUGUGUGUGUGAAACCUCCUGUGUGUGUGUGUGUGUGUGAAACCUCCUGUGUGUGUGUGUGUGUGGGCAGAUGAGCGUUUUAAAACCAUGUUCUGUGUCUAUGUUUUGGUUGUUGUUGUUGUGUUGUUGUUGUUGUGUCGUUGUGUGCUCAGGUUCGACAGUGAGCUGACUCGAGCCCUUGAGCAAGCCGACAUUGAGCGCGAGCAGAAGGACAAAGUCUCCCAGGAGAGCACGACUCUGGGAGCCGAGGUCUACGGCCUGAGGGGCCGCCUGCUGGAGAGCCAGUCCGAGGUGGGCCGUCUCCAGAAGCAGAAGGACGAGCUGUGCGCUCAGAUCCGUGACCUCAGCCUGCCGGUCGACCUUGCCUCUGAUUCGCUGCCCGACCUGAAGAUGAAGCUCCGCCUCCUGGAGGGCGUCGACCUGGAGCGAGCGCAGGAAGUCGCCUCGCUGAGCGGAACCGUCCAGCAGCAGCAACAGGUCCACAUGCGCUUUGAGAUAGAGAUGGAGAGAAUGAAGCAGAUGCAGCAGAAAGAGUUGGAGGACAAAGAGGAGGAGCUAGAGGACGUCCACAAGUCCUCUCACAGACGACUGAAGCAGUUGGAGAAUACAGUGCAGGGAGGAGUAGAAGGAGAAGCAGGGAAGGGAAGCCAGGUGGGGCACAGAGACUUCGACGUGGAGCAGAAGCUGCGGCGCGACCUCAGGAGGAGCCACGCCCUGCUGGCCGACGCCCAGCUGCUCCUCUCCACCGGGGAGCCGGGGCAGCACCUCCCCCUGGGGGGGCGGGAGCAGCUGGAGCGCCUCCACUGCCAGCUGGAGGAGAGUGAGGCCCGGCGGCUGCAGGUGGAGAGCCUCCAUGAUUCUCUCUCUCAGGAGUUGGAGAACUCUCAGCUGGAGCUGGAGAACCUCUGCAAGCUGAAGAGUGUGGUGGACGAGCAGCUGUCCCUGCUACAGCGGGACAAGGUGGAGCUCCUGCGGCGCCUGGAGGAAGACCAGGAGGACCUGAACGAGCUGAUGAAGAAGCACAAGGCGCUCAUCGCCCAGUCGUCCAGCGACAUCGCUCAGAUCAGAGAGCUGCAGGCGGAGCUGCAGGAGGCCGAGAAGCAGAGGCACCUCCUGCGGGAGGAGCUCCAGCAGAGCGUGUCCAGGGUGCAGUUCCUGGAGGCGUCCACCGUGGGGCGCAGCAUCGUCAGCAGGCAGGAGGCGCGCGUGUGCGACCUGGAGAACAAGCUGGAGUUCCAGAGAGGGCAGGUCAAGAGGUUUGAGGUGCUGGUGUUGCGUUUGAGGGACAGCGUGGUCCGUCUGGGGGCGGAGCUUGAGCAGAGCGCCCAGAACGAGGCCCGGGAGAAGGAGAACGCCCGGUACUACCUGCAGCGCCUCCAGGACACGAGGCUGGAGAACCAGGACCUGGUCCAGAGGGAGCAGGACAGCAGCCGGCGGCGCAUGGAGCUGGACAUGCAGGUGGAGGAGCUGAACGCCGUCAGACAGGCGCUGCAGGCCGACCUCGAGACGUCCAUCCGCCGCAUCGUGGACCUGCAGGCCGCCCUGGAGGAGGUGGAGUCCAGCGACGAGAGCGACUCUGAAAGCGCUCACACUGCUACGGAGUCCUGGACUCCAAAGAAAGAGCUGGACUCGGUGUCCAGUGUUGGCUCCAUCGGGACAGAGGACGUCGGCGAGGGGAUCCGUCAUUGGUUGGGAGUCCCCAGCGGAGGGUCCCGCGGGGGGGGCUCCCCGUAUGGCAGCAGUACCAUCAGCAGCCAAGGGGGGCGCCAGUCUCUGGUGGACACCAUGAGCACCAACAGCUUCCGCUCCUGCGUGGAUCCCGAUGCCGAGGGCUCUGAGCCCGGCGGCCCGGGUCCCAGAGGUCUCAGCCGGGCCCCGUCCUCCUCCGCUCUGUCUGAGCUGCUGGACGGACUCCGGAAGCGGCGAGCCGGCGGCGAAGCGGGCGCCGGCGCCGGCAGCACCGUCUCCCUGCCGGUCUACCAGACCACCGCGGCCUCGACCCUCCGGCGGAGGGCCUCGGCACUCGAGCCCGCCGACCCCCAGGAGCCGCGGCCCAUCCUCAAACCGGCCUCGCCGCUCUUGGCCCGCGCCGCCAGCGCUCGCUCCGUCGGCGACGCUCCGGCGUCCGCGGCCAAACUCUCCCGCUUCAACUCCAGCGACUCCCUCUCCGCGGUUCCCUCGCUGCCGCGCCUCUCCUCCUUGGCGUCGCCCCCCGCCGCUCGCCACCGGCCCCCCUCCCUGUGCAUCCCGGAGGAGGACCCGGACGAAUGGCCGCGCUCCUGGGCGACCCCCGUGCAGCGCUCCCCGCAGGCACUGAGGCGGUGCAUGCUGGGUAGUCUCGCUGCAGAGGAGGGAGGCGAAGGCUCUCUGGGUUCAGAACCCAUGGUCUUCCAGAACCGGCGCCUGGUUGAGGACCGGGACGACGCCGCUUCCGACAUCCUGCCCGCCAUCCGGAGAGCUCAGUCCGCCAGCAGCCUGGCCGGCUCGCUGAAAGGCCGCCGGGCGCUGAGCGUCCACUUCGGGGAGCUGCCGCCUUCGACCCGCGGCGGCAGGAAGAGCUCCGAGACCGAGUCGUCCAGCUCCGGUGGUUCUGGGGGGAGUUCCCAGGGAAGCGGGUCCAGGCGCCGGCUGGAGAAACCACGGGGAGAACGUCUGGAGGCCGAGGGCAGCGAGGCGGGCGACGUGGCGUCGGUCAUGAAGAGAUACCUGAAGAAAGAGAGCGACUGAGGACGAUGAGCAUCCUCUCUGUUCUGACCUCAGACUGAAGGCGCCGAAGAAACUCCUCAAAAAGGAGAUUCCUCCUUUGACCUGUGAAGACGGAAACACGUUUGUACAUGAAUAAAAUUACUCUCUUCA